CGGGGAAAUGCCUCAAAUAGUGAUGAAUAUGUUUGUGAAGUACAUGGAUUCAAGAAAUAUGAUGAGCAAAUCUGAGAGAGUAAGGAAGGCAACACCAAAGAGGCUAGGAAUGGAGUGGAGGCAGACGAAGAACUUGUACGACUACGGCAUUUUCACAAUGCGGCAUAUGGAAACAUAUCAAGGUCAAGGCUUGCAAGGAUGGAAUAUUGGGCUGAAGGAAACAGACACAAAACUGGUAGGGAUGUUACGCGUGAAGUACAUUUCUGCAAUACUCGUGAAUGAAAAUAAUGAGUACAUGCAGUCAAACUUAGUGAAGGCAAGGAAUUUUGCAAAGAAAGCUAAAGAAGAGAAACAAAUGCUGGCAGACCGAAAGAAGGGAGCAACGGCCAAUUAGUGAAUUUAGUGAAAUUUGAAGUUCAUAUCUGUUUGACUCUGUUUUCACAUUACAGUUUACAAUGACGUAUUUGGAUUUUUAAAUUAAAAAAGGUUUGUAAUUGUUGUU